UACGGUGGAGUGGGAAGCGUGGCGGGAGCGGGCGCGUUAGGCCGCGGGUGGCCCGGGGGGUCUAACAAGCAGGGGACUGGUGGCGGGCGCGUUAGGCCGCGUGAGCCGGGGUUGACCCAGCCUGGGACAAGUAGGGUUGUUUUGGUUUGAGUCUCCCCUGGAGGAAGAGGCGGGGACUCCCUGUGUCGCCCGGUUUUGCUGUUUACCUGUUUUGGCCGGAUCUCCGGCUUCACCUGGUCUGAGAGAUUAGUUAAGUCUUGCUGUUUGGAAAGCAGCACUCCCCCUGGUGCUGGGAGAGGGCUUUAAGAAAUCUUGGGGAGGCUCACUUCGCUCUUGGGCCGUCUGGACUUGAUUUCACGACUCCGCCUCCCUCGCCCCACCCACUGCUGACUCUCACCGGUGUUUGGACCGGUCGGAAGGUGCAAGACGUGUACAGGCUGGCACUCCUCGCCCGAAACCUGUACUGUUAGAACUUAGCUGUGGUGGACGCUUGUAUUUCUCUGUUGAGAAGUAUGAAGUACAGUUUGUUCCUGAAAGUUUUGUUGGAAAACGUUGUGGCAUUUGACUAUGAUAGAUUUUCGGCUUUCUCGUUAUGUUGGUAUGUUAGAAAUUUUGUUGCGAAGUUGUUACUCGUCGCUGCUUUCUGUCAGUGGUAAAGAUUCAUGAUCAGGACAUGAACAAAUACUAAUUAAAAUUUUAGUGUUCAAUCCAAGAACAUUCGAAAAUGAUUAUUUGAAUAACAUUCGUUAAACGUGGGCUGAUUAAGUGGGCUUAUGGUCUUUAAGGUACUCUCUAGGUGUGGAGAAGAGGUUGAGGCCAAGGAUUCGCCUCCAUUCUGUUCUUCCCGGGUAAAUUGGAUCUCUGUCCUUUUCGAAUGUUAGGCUUACAGGCAAACAUUAGAUUUCUGCAAGAAUAUAUUUGACUAUGCUAAGAAUGACUGGUUAGCCACCUUCUCCUCGUCCUCGUUAUUUGUUAAAUUUCAAAUACAAUUGUAUUGCCUUACUUGUUUUCAAGUUAUUACAUUAGCUGCAUACCAUUUGCUCUUCGGAUCGCAGUCACGUAUGUGAAAUUUAGCCACUGAAUACCAUUUCUAGGACAAAAAUAACAUCUUGGCAUUAGUAGUUGUAACUUUUAAAGGAUGCUGUUUUUUUUUUUAAUAUUUAGAUUUUAUGUAUGUGAGUGUUUUGCCUGAAUUUGUGUGUGUACCAUGUGUAUACCCGGUGGCCACUCAGGUCAGAAGAGGGUGUCAGAUGCCCAGGAAGUAGAGUGAUAGAUGCUCAUGAACCACCCUGUAGGUGCUGUGAACCCAACUUAGGUCCUCUGUAAGAGCAAUAAGUGCUCUUAAUUAUGAAGUCAUCUCUCCAUCCCUUAGGAUGCUAAGUUUUUAUAUGCAAUUCUAACUAUAUAUUUCCUUGGAAGAAUUACCUUACCUGUAAAAUUUAUUUUUACAUAUUUGUUGGCCGGGCCUUACUAUGUUGUAGCCCUGGCUGUCCUGGAGCUUUGCAUGGCAUCUACUUACCUUCUGAGUGCUGGUAUUAAGGUGUUUACAACCAAGCCCUGCUUCACUGAAGUUUAUUGGUGUAUUUUCUUUUAGAAUGGUUGUUAGUAUGAUAAGUUUGGGCUUUAUACACUUGUAGCUCUAAAGUUUACAUUGUUCUAAAUAAACCUUAAGAGAAAUUACAAAUUUUGGGCCAAGAACAUAGUAUUUUAGAAAUGAACUUACUAAAAAAAAAUACAAAAAGUAAGUUAAAUAAUUCCCGAUGUUUUAUCACCUGGAAUUCUAGCACUUGGGAGCUGAGGCAGGGAGGAUUGUCAGCUUUAGGCCAGCCUCAACUAGAGUUGCACAAAGAGUCUCAAAAGAGAAAACAGCUGGGUAGAAUAUAGGAAUACACAGCUGUUCAGGCUACUGGAGGUAGAGAUGUCUUCAGGAGUGCAAAUCAACAAGUCACGUUGGCUGAUAAUAUCUUUCUGAGACUAUGGUAUUCUACAAACAUGCAGAAGACUGAAGAGUGAAUAAGGGAACUUAAUAUCAGGCUAUUUUUAUUCUCCUUUAUAUGUUUCUGUCAUUUAGGAUUUAAGUUUGGAGAAAUUAUACACACACACACACACACACACACACACACACACACACACACUUUUGGAGGGAGGGUCUUGCUUUGUGUGUGUAGUCUUGGCUGGGCUGGAAUCUACUGUGUAGAUCAGGCCACCCCAAACUCACAGGGAUCUGCCUGCCUCUAUUUCCCAAGUGCUGGAAAUAGGCCCCUGUUUUUGUAACUGAAGAUUUUUAAAAACAUUGGCUGCCAACCAUUAUCUUAAUUAUGGUACUUUGCAAGGGCACAAAGUGUUCUUGCAGUGUUUUCUAUUGAAGUAAGUUAGAACAGGUUUUUUUUUCUAGCUUGCUUUUUUAUUUGCUGUUAUUGAUUUUAUUUCUGAAAUUUCUGAUCACACACGAAAGAAACAGGAACAAUGAAAUUAAGGUUUUUCUUUUAUUUCAUUACCUCCUCCCUUCCUCCCAACACAUUGGUUUUUUUCCUGGAGUUUUUAAAGCGAAUGCUAGAAAUUAAGCCUUUUCACCUAUGUUUUAUAACUAAUUGAUGAAGACUUAAAAAAAUGUAUCACCCAGCUUUUUUGAAGCUUAAUUGGUAGGAUAGGUGAAAUGCUUUAAAUUUAAAAAGUCAUUUAAUUUUAUAUGGAGCCACUGGAAGAAAUAGUACCACAAAAGGCUGCUCCGUUUGGGGCUAGUAAAGGCCAAGCAAGAGUGAUUCACAAUGACAUCCUUUCAAGAAGUCCCAUUGCAGACUUCCAACUUUGCCCAUGUCAUCUUUCAAAAUGUGGCUAAAAGUUACCUUCCUAAUGCACACUUGGAGUGUCAUUACACCUUAACUCCGUAUAUUCAUCCUCAUUCCAAAGAUUGGGUUGGUAUAUUCAAGGUUGGAUGGAGUACUGCUCGUGACUAUUACACAUUUUUAUGGUCUCCUAUGCCUGAACAGUAUGUGGAAGGAUCAACAGUCAACUGUGUACUAGCAUUUCAAGGAUAUUACCUUCCAAAUGAUGAUGGAGAAUUUUAUCAGUUCUGUUACGUCACCCAUAAGGGUGAAAUUCGUGGAGCCAGUACUCCUUUCCAGUUUCGAGCUGCUUCUCCAGUUGAAGAGCUGCUCACUAUGGAAGAUGAAGGAAAUUCUGAUAUGUUGGUGGUGACCACAAAAGCUGGCCUUCUUGAGCUGAAAAUUGAAAAGACCCUGAAAGAAAAAGAAGAAUUGUUAAAGUUGGUUUCUGUUCUUGAAAAAGAAACAGCACAGCUGAGAGAACAAGUUGGAAGAAUGGAGAGAGAACUCAGCCAUGAGAAAAGCCGGUGUGAGCAAUUGCAGGCAGAGCAGAAGGGCCUUCUUGAAGUAUCCCAGAGUUUGAGAGUGGAAAAUGAAGAGUUUAUGAAGAGAUACAGUGACGCUACAUCUAAAGCUCAUCAGCUUGAAGAAGACAUUGUAUCAGUGACACAUAAAGCAGUUGAGAAAGAAACUGAGCUAGACAGUUUGAAGGAUAAACUCAGGAAAGCACAGCAAGAAAAAGAACAACUUGAAUGUCAGCUGAAGACAGAAAAGGAUGAGAAGGAGCUUUAUAAGGUACAUUUGAAGAACACAGAAAUAGAAAAUACCAAGCUUGUGUCAGAGAUACAGACUUUAAAGAAUGUAGAUGGAAACAAAGAAAGCAUGAUUACUCAUUUCAAAGAAGAGAUUGGCAAACUGCAGUCUUGCUUGGCUGACAAGGAAAAUUUGCACAGAGCUCUCCUGCUUACAACCUCAAAUAAAGAAGAUACAUUACUUCUAAAGGAACAACUUCGCAAAGCGGAGGAACAAGUCCAGGCAACACGGCAAGAACUUAUCUUUCUGGCUAAAGAGCUCAGUGAUGCAGUGAAUGUGCGAGAUAAAACAAUGGCAGAUCUACAUACCGCACGCUUGGAAAAUGAGAGAGUGAAGAAGCAGCUGGCCGACACGCUGGCAGAGCUCCAGUUACAUGCUGUAAAGACAGAUCAGGAAAAGACUGAUACACUGGAACAUGAACUGAGAAGAGAAGUUGAAGAUCUGAAACUCCGGCUUCAGAUGGCUGCAGAUCAUUACAAAGAAAAGUUUAAGGAAUGCCAGAGGCUCCAAAAACAAAUAAACAAACUUUCAGACCAGUCAGCCAGUUCUAACGGUGUCUUCACAAAGAGAAUGGGGAGUCAGCAGAAAGUGAAUGAUGCUUCAAUAAACACAGACCCAGCUGCUUCUGCUUCUGCCGUGGAUGUAAAGCCAGCAGCAUCUUGUGCAGCAGAGACAGAUUUUGACAUGUCAGCAAAGGAUCAUGUCUGUGAAGUGACUAAAGAAAUGGCUGAGAAAGUAGAGAAGUAUAAUAAGUGUAAACAACUCUUGCAGGAUGAGAAAGCCAAAUGCAAUAAAUAUGCUGAUGAACUUGCGCAAAUGGAGCUGAAGUGGAAAGAGCAAGUGAGAAUUGCUGAGAAUGUAAAACUCGAACUCGCUGAGCUAGAGGACAGUUACAGUGUAAGUUCAGAGAAUGUAAGACUGGAACUCGCUGAGCUAGAGGACAGUUACAGUCUACAGUUGGCAGAGAAAGACAAAGAAAUAAAUUGCCUGGCUUCAUUUUUGGAAAAUCUCUCAAGGGAGAAGGAACUUACAAAGAGUUUAGAAGAUCAAAAAGGAAGGAAAAUGGAAGGCCAGAGCCCUCAACAAGUCUCACGGUGUCUUAACACCUGCUCUGAGCAGAGUGGGCUCCUCCCUACACUGCCGGCUGCCCAGCCAGUUCUUCAGUAUGGGAACCCUUACACCGCACACGAGACAAGAGAUGGAGCAGAUGGUGCUUUUUAUCCAGAUGAAAUCCAGAGGCCACCUGUGCGCGGCCCAUCUUGGGAAGACAACGUUGUCUGUAGCCAGCCUGCUCGAAACCUUAGCAGGCCAGAUGGUUUAGAAGACCCGGAGGAUAGCAGAGAAGAUGAGAAUGUGCCCAUUCCUCCUGAUCCAGCAAAUCAGCAUUUACGAGGUCAUGGAGCAGGCUUUUGCUUUGAUUCCAGCUUUGAUGUUCACAAGAAGUGCCCCCUCUGUGAAUUAAUGUUCCCUCCUAACUAUGAUCAGAUCAAAUUUGAAGAACACGUUGAAAGUCACUGGAAGGUGUGCCCAAUGUGCAGCGAGCAGUUCCCACCUGACUACGACCAGCAGGGCUUUGAAAGGCAUGUUCAGACCCAUUUUGAUCAGAAUGUUCUCAACUUCGACUAGUUUUUAGUGAGAGGUAGUAAAAUUUAGCAGUUAAAAAACAACCCAAAACUCAGAUAGAGGCUAAGGAGACUGCGGGCCUGAUGCCCUGAUUGAGAACUUUAGAGCGAGCUGUCAAUAGGGCCAGGGUACAGCUUUGACUACAAUAAAUACAGGUUUAAUCUGUUAACCUUGUCUGCUUUAAGGAAAGAGUUUCUGCAUUUCUAUCUCUACCCUGUUAGCAAAAGUGUAUGAAGAACACAGGAGUUAUUUUAAUGUUAAAAUUGAAAACAUAUAUGUAAUAGUUAAUUACCUAGCACAAUCAGAUUUACAAGUUCCUGUUCACCUUGGUGAUUGAGCAUGACUACUAUUAUGUAAUAAAAGCAUUGAUCAUAA